AUGAGGAUGCAUAACUCCCAGUACAUCAACGCCAUCCGCCAGGGCCACGCCUACGGCAAGGAGGUGUACGUCUCUCCCCCACCCCACCCCCAUCGCGCAUCACAUCCUUCGACAUACGACUCGCUGGACCUUUCGCAGUCGAUUACACCCGAGCAGCAGAUCCAAAUGAAGGUGAUGCUUAAGCAUCAGCUUAACCAGGGCCAGGUCUCCAAUAUGCCCCAUGGAUUCCCCUUCCACUAUGUACCGGACUACCACGGUGGCGCCAAGAUCUCAUACGGACCCUACGAAUUCCGACAGGAGUUGGACCUCUCCAGCCAUUGGGGACCACGCUGCGUCUGGACUGCCAAGUUCAGCUUCGUCCCGCCAACUUCCCGAAGGGAUGGACAAUACGUCUGGACUAUUUCCCUCCCAACUGUCAGUUCUUGCAGCCGAAACUCCAGAGCAUCGCGGGAAGCUGGCUACACCAUCGCUGCCGAGGUUCAAUUAGACGCCGGCAUCGCCGGAACACCCUACUUUGCGAAAGUCCAAUCUAACGAGUCGAAGAUCAUCCCUCGAGCUCUGGCUAUCUCACUCGAGUUCUCCGCGAAGCUCAGGAUCUGUCUGGCCGAUCACCAACUGGUGGCUGCUCUUACGCCGUCGAUGAAGGGAUCGAGGGCCUUGCCUGCCGUCGGAGACAUUGUCUAUCUUGGAACCAAUACGGAGGGACAGCAGCAGCUCCUGUAUGUUCUCGACCACCGGACGAUGUCGCCCAAAUUCUCUGCUGCUGCUUCCGCUGGACGAUAA